AUGCUAUACAAAGCGGGUGUAUUGACAGUGAGCGACACGGCGUCUCAAGACUCGACUCAAGAUAAGAGUGGACCUCUCUUAGUGGAUCUAUUGAAGGAAGCCAAUGCAUACAGCGUCCAACAACAAGCUAUCGUUGCCGAUGAUAUUGAUGCUAUCCAAGCAACUGUCAAGCACUGGUGCGAUCAAGUCAAAGUUGACCUUGUUCUAGUCACGGGUGGUACGGGAUUCUCAGCACGCGAUACGACACCUGAAGCAAUCGAUCCUCUUUUAUCAAAGCACACUCCAGGAUUGACGCAUGUGCUACUUGCAACUUCAACAGCUGUGACACCUUUUGCAGCCUUAUCUCGUCCAGUCACGGGUAUUCGACAUAAUACCUUGAUCAUCACUUUCCCUGGCAAACCAAAGGCAUGCAAAGAAAACUGGGAUGCUAUCAAGGACAUUGUGCCACAUGGCUUGGAUCUUUUACGUGGUGACACAUCAAGGCAACAUCCUGUUCAUCAUCAGCAUCAGCACCAUCAUCAUCAUCAUCACAAAGUGGGAGGACAUCGUUGUAAGCAUCAUUCGGAUGAUCAUGGCGAACAUAAGGGUCUUUCGGCAUCAUUGGAUACUCCAGUUGCACUCCGAGCUCGUACAUCUCCUUAUCCCAUCAUCCCUAUGAGCGAAGCUGAAGCCCUUGUCAGAAAACAUUCGACUACUCGACAACAGAUCAUUGCCAAUGACCCUAUCUCCAUGCAAGUCUCUGAGAACCUUAUCGGGCACGUGCUAGCUGAAGACGCCGUUUCGGUGGAACCUGUGCCAGGUUACAGAGCAUCCAUUGUUGAUGGUUACGCUGUGCGUGCAUCCAAAGGACCAGGCAUAUACACUGUGGGAUCAGUAUCCCUUGCAUCUGAUAGCACAUCGACCACUACUGUAAGCGAGGAUGAGAUCGUGCGUACGGCUACGGGUGGACUUGUGCCUGAUUGCAUGGAUGCAGUGGUGAUGGUGGAGGAUACACGAUUGGUGAAAAUGUCCGAUGAUGGAAAGGAAGAAUUGCAAGUGGAAAUCAUGGCCAAAGUGGAAGCGGGUGACAAUAUACGAGCGAUAGGCAGUGAUUGUCAAACGGGAACCAUUGUCGGCUACAAAGGACAAGUGAUUUCACCUGUGGGAGGCGAGUUGGGUGCAUUAGCAUCUGCAGGGAUUCAAAACGUCAAGGUCUAUCGCAAACCUACAGUGGGCGUGUUAUCUACGGGCAAUGAAGUAGUGGAUCAUUUGGCAACCAAGCAGCUCAAGCGAGGUGAAAUACGUGAUACGAACCGAAUCACGUUGUUGGGUGCUAUACGAGGAGCAGGAUUUGAAGCGAUGGAUUUGGGGAUUAUCAAGGAUACUGUGGAUGAUCUGGAGACUCGAUUACGGGAUGCAUUGGAUAAAGUGGAUGUAUUGAUCACCACCGGUGGCGUAUCGAUGGGCGAAGCUGAUUUCAUGAAACCCGUUCUGGAACAAAAGCUCGGAGCUACGAUUCAUUUUGGACGUGUCAAAAUGAAGCCUGGAAAACCAACAACGUUUGCUUCAAUCCCUGAUACUGGCAAGCUUAUCUUUGCAUUACCAGGCAACCCAGCAUCGGCUACAGUGACGUUUUAUUUGUUUGUACUCCCAGCAUUGAAAAAGAUUGCAGGAUAUGCACAAUUUACCAAUCCGAUUAUUCCAGUGAAGAUUACUGAACAAGUCUACUUGGAUCCUCGGCCUGAAUAUCAUCGCGUACGAGUAUCGGUGACACCCAAAGGAGAAUUUGUGGCUGAAUCCACUGGUGGCCAAAGGAGUAGUCGCAUGCUUAGCCUUUUGCAAGCAAAUGGGUUAUUGCAGUUACCAGCAGCAAGUGAGGACCAAUCGCAACUUCCCAGCGGCACUCAAGUUCCAUGCUUGUUGAUCGGAUCGCUUAAUCCUUAUACCUAA